CCGGAAUGCUUCUGUUGGUACUCAGGGCGCACAUUUGUCCAUAAAUGCUUGGAGGGUUUUGUUGUUUUUGUAAACAUUGUUCAGUUCGCUUUUCAGAGCAUGCACUCGUUUUAAUAGUGUCAGUUGUGUAUCACGAGAAAGAUGCGAGACUUGUUGACCGACAAGAAUAUGCUCCAAAUGACGAAGUCUAGCUACAAAUCCGUGCUCAUCCAUUGAUUACGCCAAGGUGUUGAGAAAGAGUGAUGGAGAAAAUGCCAAUGGAAAGCCAAAAGAGAAAUCCUGCUAUGCAAAAGACCCUCCAAUCCCAAAAGCGGGCUUUUCGUGACUGUAACCGGACGGGUCCUCCCAUCUGCCUUUAUUCCAGCAGCGCGUUUCGCAUAGAUCUCUCUCUUGAUCCCCGCUCCUAUUCAUUGCCACCCAUGGGCAAGUCAGUCACGUAUGCUAUUGGUUUUGCCAAGGCAUGGCCGUUUGCAGACGAAAUCUGGGAAGAAAAGAAACGCUUAAAAGCCGCCCUCGCCAACGAUCAAAAAAUCGACGCAGCUCACGCUUCGCUCGAGAUUGCCGACCUGUUGAUUGCCCAAUGUGAGGAUUUGGAAUCUCGCAACGACCACCACGACUAUGAUACGGACAAAUUCCUUGAGGAAGCCUUGAGCUACUGUGACAAGGCGCGCAGAACAUUUACUGCGGAACAACACCAAGCAGGGCUAUCAAGAGCCUACGAACUUAUGGUGCAAUGCUAUCAGAGGUUAUGCCAGUAUGAAUCGGCCAUUGCGAAGGGCCGAUCGUUGUUGGAUCUGUUGCAACAACAAUUGGGACACAACAACCCUUCACUGCAAGCUGCUUUCAAAAGUCUAGCAGAUGUCUACUUUAAGCGAGGGCACGAUCCUUCUCUAUCCAAAUUCGACGAUUUCGAAAAUGCACGCAGCUACUAUUUGAAAGAACGCGCUUUGCUGGAUAUAAUGACAGCCGAGGAUGUGGACGGGGACCCCUUGGUGUUAUCUGAUCUAAUUCGAUCUUCCAACUUUAACCUGGGGGUGAUUGAAUCCAAGUUUCCCGGCGGUGAACAAAAGGCCGAGGAAUAUUUGGUGUUGGCUGUGAAGCAAGCACAGCAACUGGAUGAUAUCGAAAACGAAAAACGGGCGUGGUGGGAACUCGGCAAUGUUUUUAGGAAACAAAGAAACCUCGAACGAUUGCUCCAGUGCCAGAAAAAGGAACUUGAUCUGAUCACCACCCACGACUUUAAAGACGAUGAAAUUCCUUGUCUAGUAGAAUGCGGUAAGUAAACCCAAAUAAUGGCAAGUGGGUAUCGAAAAUGCUUUUAAUGCAUAUAUUUUAUCUCAGUGAAAACUUAUUUGGAAUUGGACAAU